AUGGGUUAUGAUUUUUGGUCUGGUGAAAAUGUGAUUUAUGUUAAGUUGAAAAAAGAAUAUAACAAGACGUCCAUUGCAGAACUGCAGACUUAUAACUAUCAAUCCAAAGUAACAGAGACACAACAGCCACUCCACAGAAACAACAACUCUGACUUGAAUAAACACUCCAAGACGACCAGCCAAGACGACCAGCCAGGACGACCAUCAAGACGACCAUCAAGACGACCAGCCAAGACGACCAUCAAGACGACCAGCCAAGACGACCAUCAAGACGACCAUCAAGACGACCAUCAAGACGACCAGCCAAGACGACCAUCAAGACGACCAGCCAAGACGACCAUCAAGACGACAAGCCAGGACGACCAGCCAAGACGACCAUCAAGACGACCAGCCAAGACGACCAGCCAAGACGACCAGCCAAUUCGACCAGCCAAGACGACCAGCCAAUUCGACCAGCCAAGACGACCAGCCAAUUCGACCAGCCAAGACGACCAGCCAAUUCGACCAUCAAGACGACCAGCCAAGACGACCAGCCAAGACGACCAGCCAAGACGACCAACCAAGACGAACAUCAAGACGACCAUCAAGACGACCAUCAAGACGACCAAGUCCCGGUCGCGCCAAGAUUGCCUCACGCUGCAUACCUGUAAUAGAGAGAUAUUAAUACAGUCUUAA